AUGAAGAAGUUAAAACUUAAAGAACUAGAGAGCAAUCUUCAACAAGUUGAUGAUUUUGAGAAUCCAAAGCUUCUACUUGAGCAAUAUCCAACAAGACCACAUAUUGCAGCAUGUAUGCUUUAUACAAUUCACAAUACUUUUGGUGAUAUUGAAAACAAGACUGUUGCGGAUCUUGGGUGCGGUUGUGGUGUGUUGAGCAUUGGAAGUGCCAUGUUGGGAGCAGGGUUAUGUAUAGGAUUUGACAUAGAUGCUGAUGCCUUGGAAGUAUUUAGCAAGAACGCUGAAGAAUUUGAGCUGACAAAUGUUGAUUUGGUCCAGUGCAAUGUGUGUUCUUUGUCUGACAGAAUGCCAAAAACCUUUGAUACAGUCAUUAUGAAUCCUCCCUUUGGAACAAAGCACAAUAAAGGCGUGGAUAUGGCUUUUCUCAAGACAGCGUUGCAGUUGGCAAGAACAGCCGUAUAUUCCUUGCACAAGACUUCGACCCGACAGCAUAUCCAGAAGAAAGCAGAUGAAUGGAACGUGAAGAUGGAAGUUUUAGCAGAACUGAGAUACGACCUACCAGCCUCGUUCAAGUUUCACAAGAAGAAAUCGGUGGACAUCGAAGUCGAUUUUAUUAGAUUCUCUUUCAGAAAACAGGAUGAACGGAGGAAUGAUUGA